AUGGCGACGCCGCCUCCCGAGGCUCCCUCUGCGAUCAAAGAGGAGAAGCCUCAAUUGCCGCCGUCGCCCAAUGGAGUUUCGCCUGCUGAUACCGGUCGCACAGGAGUCCAAGAUGCUGUAGUCAACGCUAAAUCGGACGCGCCCGUCAAUGGUGCAGAGAAGCCGAUAGAGGAGACCAAGUCCGCCACGGCAAACGGAACGACUGCCGAGUCUACCUCCAACACAAACGGCGUAGCCGCGACCGCAUCCCCGCCUAAGAGUCCAUCCUUGCCGACCGCAGAUACUUCCGCACAACCAGCCGUCGCGUCCGAAGAAGCCAAACCUUCAAAUGUGGAUUCCGCUGCGACUGGGGAGAAGGAAACCGCUAGUGAAAAGACGUCUGCGGCUGCACAGGCUAGUGGCGAAGGUGCGAGUGGCGCCAAGUCCAAAGACACACAGGCGCUUCAGGAUGCAUCAAAGCCAUCAACUGAUGCGCCGUCCGACGCUAAAGUGGAGAGCACUGCCCAGCCAUCACAAGAUACUGCCGCUGUGAAAACCGAAUUGCCUCACCAUCCUUCGAAUGCGAAGCCAGAGAGCACAAUGCAGACAGAGGCUGCCAGUACGGCUCCGUCGGUGCCGCCACUGCAGAACGUGGAUCAGGAGAUGCGUGACGCGCCCGAUGUUCCGGCCUCCCCGACAAAGAUUUCGAGGGAGCGCGAACGCGAUCCCAGCGAUGAGCCCGCCGCCAAGCGUACCAAGAUCGGAGGUGAAGGUGCGGCGGCGUCCGCCGACUUCAAGGUUCCCGAUUUGCCUACACCUACCGAGUCGCGCUCGGAACGGGCUACAAAUGGAGAAACAACCAUGACCAAGGUUCAGCACAAGUUCCUGUCCAAGUCCAUCCAGAGCCUGAAGCGGAUGCACGAUUCCCGCUUCUACAGAGAGCCUGUGGAUCCCAUCAAGCUGAAUGUCCCCCACUACCCGCAGUUCAUCAAACGGCCUAUGGACCUUGGAACCAUUGAGAAAAAGUUGAAAAACAACGUGUAUCGGACUGCACAGGCCGUUAUUGAUGAUUUCAACCUCAUGGUUCAGAAUGCGUUGACAUUCAACGGUCCCGACCACCUUGUCGCUCAAGAGGGGCAGAAGCUCAAGAUCACGUUCGAUAAGCAGAUGGCCAAUUUACCUCGAGCCGAUGAACCCUCGACAGCAAUCCGCCUUCCUUUGAUCCGCCGUGAUUCUGCUAAUGCCGAUGGGCGUCCUAAGCGUUCCAUCCACCCCCCUAAACGCGAUCUCCCGUACUCCACGAAACCGAAGAAGAAGAAAUAUCAGUGGGAGCUGAGAUUCUGCCAGGAGGUGCUGGAUGAGCUGCACAAGCCCAAGCACUACACCUACGCGAUGCCUUUCUACCAUCCCGUUGACCCUGUUGCGCUCAACAUCCCUACGUAUCACAGCAUUAUCAAGAAGCCCAUGGAUUUCUCUACUGUGCAAAGCAAAUUGAGGGCCGGCCAGUAUGAGAAUGCCAAGGAGUUUGAACUUGAUAUGCGCCUCAUCUUGAAGAACUGUUUCAAAUUCAACAUUCCAGGUGACCCGACCUACAUGGCGGGCCAGCGGCUGGAGGAAGAAUUUAACAAGAAAUGGGCCCAGAAGACACGGUAUCUGGAGCAGCAUGAACCGCAUGUCGAGCAUCACAGCGCCGAGUCGUCCGAAGAAGAGAGCGAGGAGGACGCCGAAGAAAGCGACUACGAUGCCGAGAAGCUCAGCCUGCUGCAGAAGCAGAUGGAAGAGAUGACCCGCCAGAUCGAAGCUAUUACGAAGAAGAAGAAGACCCCCCCUGGAAGCAAAAAGCUCGGAAAGACCAAGCCGGGGAAGAAGGAGAGCAAGAAGCCUAGCACUAUGGGGCUCGCUAAGAAGGAGAGCAAGAAGAGCACCACCAAGGUUUCAGCCAAACCGGAGAAGCAGCACUGGGUCACCUACCAUGAGAAGCAGAUUAUUUCCAACGGGAUUAGUAGCCUUCCUGAUAAGAAGAUGCAGGAGGCUCUCAAAAUCAUCCAGACUAAUGUCCCGGCCCUCAAGGGUACCCAAGAGGCUGAGAUCGAGCUCGACAUUGAUGAGCUUCCUAACGAUGUUCUCCUUAUGCUACUUCGGUUCGUCAAGAAGAACGCGCCGCAUGUGGUAGAGGAAGACCCUGCCUCUGCGGCCGCGGCGAACGCAGCCGCCCCGAAGCCGAAGAAGAAUAAGCCCAUGAGCAAGUACGAGCAAGAAGCUCAGAUUAACAUGCUCGAAAGCAACCUGUCUCGGUUCCAGGGUGGUGGCGGUGGCCGUUCUCCAGACCCUAUGCCCUCCGUCGAAGCCAACGAGAGCAGCGACGACUCUGAAGAUGACUCGGAGGAGAGCGAGGAGGAGUAA